AUGCUACGCCUCUCCUCAUCACGAUGUCCGCACUGGGACGCCAGCGCGCUCGCGAGAGCCUUCAACCUACCAUGGCAGCCAUCAAGGACUGCUGCCACGCUGCAAAAACGCAGGCCAUCUCGCAUGGUGCUGUCCGAGAGGGUGGCUCGAGGAGCCCCGAAGACUGCUCCAACUGGGAGGCCAGCCAGACGGACCAGGAACAGCCCUUUUGCGGGUAUGAACACGACUGAAGUGCCGAGAAGCUUGCAAUACGCGAAGAACAAUCUGUCAGCAGCAGAGCGCAGACGGCAACAACCCAAGGCGAGAAGUGGGAAGAAGGAUGAGAAGGAGAAGGAUCCAAUGAGGGCAUUGAAGAUGCAGCGGCGGUUGGCGAACGUGUCCUAUGAGAAGAGGUCGAGAGUGAAGCAGGAGAUCAUGGAAUGGGACAGCUUCGAUGAGUUUGAUCUACUUCCGGUCAUUAAGGAGUCCAUCUCCACGCAAGCUUUGGGUGGCAUGGCGGAUGUAUCGCCAACACCGAUUCAACGACUCGCGAUACCGACACUUCUGGAGAUGCCGGAUGGCAAGCGGAGGAAGAAGGGGAAGACGAUGCUCGAACCAAAUAAAGAGAUGAAACAGUUCUUGCUCGCUGCAGAGACCGGAUCCGGGAAGACACUCGCAUACGUACUGCCUAUGCUUGACGCCAUCAAGCGAGCAGAGGUCAUCGAAGCCAGGGACGAGGCUAUAGAAGCUGCUGAAGACGAGGAGAAGAAACGUGCACGUGGUCAACUCUAUGAGUUAGAUUCGCCUGUCGAUGAACACUCCAAGGCAGGCAGACCAAAGGCCAUUAUCCUGCUCCCCACAUCCGAGUUGGUCGCGCAAGUGGGUGCUCUGAUCAAGAGCCUGGCGCAUACUGUCAAGUUCAGAUCUGCUAUGAUCAGUGCUGCAUUCUCUGGCACAGUCAUUCGCAACCGUCUAUUCGCGCCAUCUGGCGUCGACGUCGUGAUUGCAACACCUCAUCUCAUCAGCAGCAUCACCGAGAGCGACCCCAACAUCUUGUCAAAGGUCUCCCAUCUUGUCAUUGACGAAGCAGACAGCCUGCUUGACCGGUCUUUCAGCCCUAUCACGUCUUCAAUCAUCGACCGUGCCAGUCCCUCGCUACAGCAACUCAUCUUCUGCUCGGCCACCAUCCCACGCAGCAUGGACUCUUACCUCAGCAAGCGCUAUCCAGAGACAAAACGCCUCGCCACACCAAAUCUCCACGCCAUCCCCCGCCGCGUCCAGCUCAGUGUCGUCGACAUCGAGAAAGUCCCAUACCAAGGAAACCGCGACCUAGCCUGCGCGCAAACAAUCUGGGACAUCGGCAAAGAAGCCGCCGAAGCAGGCGAAGACCGCCAAAAGAAAAUCGUCGUCUUCGUCAACGAACGAGAGAAGACCAUCGAACUCGCCAAAUACCUUUGCUCCAAAGGCAUCGAUGCCAACGCCCUGUCUCGGGAUAGCGACGACCGCAAACAAGCCGAGAUCCUCGCUGCCUUCACAGGAGCUGCAGUCAGCUCUCCUUCCAAACCACCUAAAGACCCUAAACCUUCUUCCUACACUCCAGCAAUCAGCGCCGGCGACCUCGCCGAAUACUCCCCCAGGCCCACUGCCCGCAAACUCGAAAACACCAAAGUCCUCGUCAUGACCGACAUUGGCUCUCGCGGCAUCGACACCCUCCUCGUGAAACACGUCAUCCUCUACGACGUCCCACACACCAGUAUCGACUUCAUCCAUCGUCUUGGCCGUGUGGGGCGUAUGGGACGACGAGGAAGAGGCAUCGUGUUGGUCGGCAAGCAUGAUCGGAAGGAUGUCGUCAAGGAGAUUCGGGAGGGGAUGUUCAAGGGGCAGGCAUUGAUUUAG